GGCGCCUGCCAGUGGGUCACUCUGGAUUUCCCCCGCGCCGUCAAGGUCUCGCAGCUCCACGUCCAGUUCCAGGGGGGAUUCUCCAGCCAGCUCUGCACGCUGGAAGGCUGCAGAGCCGGCGAAGAACUGGUGAAAAUAUCCGACCUGUACCCCAAGGACACCAACGCCAUGCAGAGAUUCCAGGUGGAGGAGACGGUGCUGGAGAAGCUGAAGAUCACCUUUGGGAGCAGCACUGACUUCUUCGGGAGGAUCGUGGUGUACCACCUCGGGGUGCUGGGCGAGAGGCUCUAG